CGUAAAUAGCCUUGUAAAGAUUUUAUCUAAAACUUUUUCAAUAUGUAUUAUACAGGGAUUUAAUUAGAGAAAUAUUGAAGACAUGUUUUUGGUGUUUUUGAAGCAGAAAUGCUAAUUUGUCAUGAUAUCCAGGUGAUUUGCUUUACAUGUUUUUGCAAGAUCAAGCUACGACGAUUAAAUCAUAUAAGUUGCGUCACGUGAUCAAAAUGAAGAUUAAACAGUGAUCUUAUGUACGUUGUUCCAUAUUUCAGUAUUUUCCUGAAUUCAAUAUUUUAUAGAAUAUCGGGUCAAGGAAAACAUACAGUUUUCGUUUCAUGUCUCAUUCUGUGAUAAAGAUAAAGAUACAAGUUAAUCCAGAGAAGCACUUCGGACGCUUAAAAAUUUCAUAAGGUGUGAUUUACAUUAUGGACUAUUAUAUUAUUGGGAGUUCAAGAUAUUACUGUUGUUAGUGAUCAUUGAUAUUGGAAUGGGAAUACAAUGUCCGGAUUCAUCGCAAUGGAAAUUGAGGACAAAAGGAAUUUGCAACACGGUAGAGCCGUGGUAUUAUUGUUUAUUUGAUGAAAAUUCUUUGAAGUAUAAAGAGUUCUGCAGAAACAAACAAGAUUUUCAUAAGCCAGGAUAUAAGUAUGUAGUUAGUGGAAAUAUCAACGGAAAACCAUGCAAUGUAGUUAGGUUUCAGCCAUUCAAGUUCAAAACAGAUGGAAACAGUAGAUGUGUCUUCCAAAAGUCAUUAUGUACUGAAGAGGGUCAGGUUGAUUUCAAUAAUGGCACAACGGUAUCAGACAGUACUUGUCGGUGUGAUUUUACUAGAGGAUAUGCUUUUGUUUCUACACCAAAAGAUCUUUGCUUCUGUGUCCCAUCGAAUGAGGAUUGUUCAUGUUUCAAGAAACCGUGUAGAGAAAAUGAAAUACUCACCCCUGAUUAUGAAUGCGUAGAAACAGAUCAUCUGAUUGGUGGUUUCGCCUGUCCCGUAAUAAGGAAGCAAAGGCUACCUGAUAUUUCUUUAAAGACUGAAAAUGAUAUUACAAAAGUUGUGCACCGAGGAACUAUACGUAUACCAGAAAGAAAGAACAUAGUUUUUUGUAUUCCUUAUUUGUAAGUAAAACCCGUUAGUGUUCC